UCCUGCAGGGGCUGGACGCUGCGGGCGGAGCUCGGUAUGGAGCCUGUGGAAGCCUGGACCCCCGGGAAGGUGGCAGCCUGGCUGAGAGGCCUCGACGACGCCCUGCGGGACUAUCCCUUUGAGGACUGGGAGCUUCCCGGAAAGUACCUACUGCAGCUCUGUCCCCAAAGCCUCCAUGCUCUGACCGUGUGGCCUUUGGGCCACCAGGAGCUCAUUCUAGAUGGGGUGGAGCAGCUGCGGGCCCUAGGCUCCAAGCUGCAGACGGAGAACCUGAGGAGUCUGGCUCGGGGGCUGCUGGAAAGGACCCAGGCCUUCCAGGGCCUGGUCCGAGGCCGCCUGGGAGACCGUGCCGAGACGCCCGCUGAUGUCCUCAGUGCCGCUGUAGAGCUGGUGCGGGAAGCCCAUGCCCUCCUCUCCUGGCUCAACAGGUACCUCUUCUCCCACCUGAAUGACUUUUCUGCCUGCCAGGAGAUUGGUGUGUUGUGCGGGGAGCUGGGCCAGGUCUUACAGGAGGACUGCCCAGAGGCUGAGAAGGAGAGCAACGUCCUGAGGAUUUGCAGCCACGUGGCCGGGAUCUGCCACAACAUCCUGAGCUGCAGCCCCGAGGAGCUGCUGGAACAGAGGGCUGUGCUGGAGCAGGUGCAGCUGGACGACCCUUCGGCUCUAGAAAUCCACACCACCGGCAACUGCCUGCACUUUGUGUCCGGGGUAGGCGUCCAGGAUACCACCCGCUCCCAGAUCCUGCCAGGAGACGAGAUCAUCCAAAUCAAUGAGCAGGUGGUGGUGGGCUGGCCCUACAAGAAUGUGAUAAGGGAGCUGCUGAGGGAGCCAGCAAGGGUCAGCCUGGUGCUGAAGAAGAUUCCGGUGCCAGAGACCCCCUCUCAGACGCCUGUGGACUCCCCUCACCUGCUAAGCCCGUCGCUGCCUCUGGACCCACUGUCUCCCAGGGUUCCCUCUGAAGGCCUUUUUGCCUUUGACCUGCCUGAGGAGGGGAGUCCCAGACCCAGCGCUGCCUGGACAGACUCCACCUCCCUUGACGCUAAGCCGCUGCCCACGCCCCCUGAACCCCCAGGAACACUUCCAGAAGAGACAGCAGAGCCUCUGGAGUCCUCAGGACACCUUGACAAGAGUCCCAUCCUUGGUCGGAAGAAAUCUAAAGGUGUGGCCUCUAGGCUGAGCCGCCGGCGGGUGUCCUGCCGGGAGCUGGGCCUGCCCGACUGUGAUGGAUGGCUUCUGCUGCGCAAGGUGCCCGGCGGCUUCAUGGGCCCUCGCUGGCGCCGCUGCUGGUUUGUGCUCAAGGGCCACACCCUGUACUGGUACCGCCAGCCCCAGGAUGAGAAGGCGGAAGGGCUUAUCAACAUCUCUAACUACAGCCUGGAGAGCAGACCUGACCAGAAGAAGAAAUAUGUGUUCCAGCUGACCCAUGAGGUGUACAAGCCCUUCGUCUUCGCCGCUGAGACUCUGUCGGAUCUGAGCAAGUGGGUACGUCACCUCAUUACCUGCAUUUUCAAGUACCAGACUCCAGGCCGGGCCUCCUCUGCCAGAGAGGAAGAUUGUUACAGUGAGACAGAAGCCGAAGACCCUGACGAGGAGGCUGGGUCCCGCUCAGUUUCUCCCAGCCCGGCUCAAGCGUGGAGUGACACAUCACCCCUGGCUUCACCCUCUCGGAGCCCGAGGACCUCCUUUGGUUCUUCAACAGACAGCAGUGACAGGGCGCUGGAAGGAAUGGUCCAGGGGCUGAGGCAGGGCGGAGUGUCCCUCCUGGGCCAGCCACAGCCCCUGACCCAUGAACAGUGGCGGAGUUCUUUCAUGCGGCGCAACCGGGACCCACAUCUCAACGAGCGGGUGCACCGAGUUCGGGCACUCCAGAGUACACUCAAGGCAAAGCUGCAGGAACUGCAGGCCCUGGAGGAAGUGCUGGGUGACCCUGAGCUCACGGGAGCAAAGUUCCGCCAGUGGAAGGAACGGAACCUGGAGCUGUACUCAGAGGGCCUGAGGACCGGGGGAGGGAUGUGGGCCCAGAGCAGUUCCCCAAACCCAACUUCUGUCUCCAGAGGUCAGUCCCCACAGCCCCUGCCCUCUGACCCGGAGGAGCCCUCCCAGCUUUUUGUCUUUGACCCCAAAGAACAGCCUCCAGCCUCCUGACCUCUGAUUCCAGCUAGUGCCUGGCUCCUGACCUCUGACCCUGGCUGAGGACUACAUCAUUUCCCAGCCUGUGAUGUGUUAAGACAAAUGUCCAAGCAACCUGUGUGAGGCUAGAAGGAGUGCUGGUCCUUGGCUCUAACCCCCAAACUGACCUCCCGUAUCCUGGGUUUUCACAGUUUCUGCUCAUGUAUCCCCGGAGUGGAAGGAAAGGCAGAAAUCCCCAACCAGUCCUCAGAUCUGGGAAGUGCCUGCCUUCCUUGGGUCCUUCAUAAAGGUUUCCCCAGACCAGUUCUAGAUGGGUAUUUAUUUUACAUGAGGGAUACUUUUCC